AUGACGAAGUUUCACCAAUCUGACUCUGCCUAUCGGACAGUUAUAUCUGCCCUGAUGAAGUACUGCUACUCGGCUCCAGCAAUUGUCACAUAUCGAUGGAAAGAGGCAAUGGGAUCAAUGAUGCGGAUGCGAAGAAACGAAGCCUGUGAAUUAACGGGCCUGUUUCUUGAAAUUCCGGAUAAAGUCCCGAUCCCCACGGAAAGCAAUACUGAAGCUAUCGAAGCCGCUUUGCAGAAUGAACAUUUCCACCCACCAUACACCGUUUCCAUGGAUUUUAUAGGUCAGGAGGACAUCAUGAAUGCACUCCAGGGUGCCUUUGAACCAGAAGACCAGACAUUGAUGGAUAAACAGCAAAAGCGAUUUGUCGUCUAUGGAAUUGGGGGAUCUGGGAAGACACAAAUAUCUGCAAAAUAUGCCCAAAGCAACCGACAACAUUAUUAG